AUGGAGGAAAUCAUCGACCGUCUUAAAGCAUACGAGGAACGGAUCGAUGGCAACAAAGAGAAUGCUGAGCAUGUCUUAUUGACUCAAGGAGAAUGGAAAGCAAAAGAAUUGAAAGGAAAAGGUGAAAGUUCAACGUUUGAGAAAAAACGUAGCGACAAUGGAGGCCAUAGCCGAGGGCGAGGUCAUAGUGAUCGCUGGAGAGGGAGAGGUCAUGGACGUGGAAAAGACUCGUUACAUCAAGAGAAGAAGGGUGACAAGAGCAAGAUUGGCCAUUAUGCAUCCCACUGUAGAUCGAAGAAAAGGGAGGAUCAGGCGCACUUGACUGAGACGCAAGGUGAUGAGGAUGAGCCAGCCUUACUUACAGCACAAGUUUGUGAAGUCCGAACUCUCGGUUCACCAGAGUUGAUGGAGAUGGCUCUUUAUGAAGAGAAGGUUGUCCCGAAAGAAAUUGAGAAGAAAAACAACACUUGGUUCCUAGAUACGGGAGCCAACAAUCAUAUGACUAGUUGUCGAAGUUGGUUCUUGGAAUUGAACGAGUCAGUGACCAGCACGGUGAAGUUCGGAGAUGGAUCACUUGUAGAGAUAAAAGGACGUGGAGAUGUGAUGCUGCAAUGUGAAAAUGGAGAUCACUGUAUCUUUUUCGAUGUAUAUUUCAUUCCUAAACUUAAAAGUAACAUUAUAAGUUUAGGACAAUUGGAUGAACAGGGCUGUAAAGUUGAGAUCGAACAUGGUUUACUUGUCAUUUUCACAAAAGGCAAAGGAGUUCUUGGCAAAAGUGAAGCGGUCAAGAAAUAG